AUGGAUGUGAGCUCCGGCUGCGCCCCCUCCCCGCCCCUCUGCUUCGAGCUGCCUCACACAACCACAGGCUGCUGCUGCUGCUGCUGCUACUGCCGCCUUCAUCAUCAUGGCAUGCAGAUGACUUGUUUAAAGGCAUUGGAGGAGCAGCAGGCCUGUUGGGAGAGCCAGAAGGAUGAGUUGGAGCAAAAAGUGGAGGAUGGGGAGGAGAAAGCUGACAAACUAGAGAAUUAUUGGCAAGAGGCCCAGACAUUNUGCAGGGUUGUGAGCCAGCGACUGGCAGAUGCCCAGAGCCAAUCAGAAAGCUUGGAGAUCAAAUACAGUAAGGCCAAGAGACUGGUCCGAGAAUACCAGAGCAGAGAGGAGGAGAGGGAAAAAAGAGAAGCCGAUUUGAGGAGAGAAAUGGAGGAGAGAGAUAAGCUGCACAGAGAGACAGUUGAAAGGCUGCAAAUCCAGAUAGCACAGCUGGAGAGGAAAGAGCCAGAAAGAAAGAACCACUCUGUGGACCCCUCAGUCACUGGUCCAGACUGGUAUAUUCCAGUCCCUGAUACGGGACGUCUAGACUCCAGUGCUCACAUAGCCAGAGCUCAACUGGCCCAGAAAUCCAAGCGCCACCCGCCUUCUCGAGACAAACUCAGAGAGAGCUUUAGGAAGCAGGAAGGUGAAGGUCAGAAACGCCAGGAGAGCGAGUCACUGUCUGCUCCCACAGUGGCACAAAGGGGCAGCAGAAGUGACCAGUCCAGUACCUCGUCUUUCUCAGCCCUCAGUCCUCAACCUCCCACCAACGCCGUCUUCACCCCUCCCAUCUACAUCAACGACACGUUCACUCCCUCACCGUGCAAAUCCUCCGUAUCCCGGAAGUCCAAAAGGAAAUUUCCCGACUUAAGUGGCCUUCGCAAGUCUCUCAGCAAAAGGAGAAGUGAGAAACACAGCAAAAAGUCCACAAACAGCAGGGGGUCGUGUGGUGACCUGGUGGAUGAGCCCGCUGGAGUUUCUCCAUCAGGUUCAGUCACCUCCAUGCCCUCUUGCCUCCCCUUCCCCUGGUUUGGAGAGCGAGGGAGAGAAAAAGAAGAGGGUGAGAGAGGCAGGGAGAGACUUCGGUCUGUGUCCAGCAGCAGUCUACCUUACCUGACCACCACAGGUAGAAGAGAUCAGACGUUGGACGAUGACCCAGUUCCCACCAAUAACAACAACCAGUGGCAAAGUCAACCCGUCUUGGAGUGGAACAACCAGCAGGUGUGUCUGUGGUUAAUCGCCAUGAACAUGGACCAGUACGCUUCUGAGUUCACUGCCAGAGGUGUGGAUGGGGCCGCGCUGCUCAGUAUGGACAGUGAAAAACUCAAGGCUCUUGGGGUGUGCAGCCAUAGCGACCGGUCUGCCCUCAAGAAGAAGCUGAAGGAGAUGAAGAAAAGCGAGGAAAAGGGACAAAGGAAAGGAGAGAAGAAUGCGGUUUUGGAUAAGGAGAGCGACGAAAAAGAGAAAGCGAAGAUGGCGAUGGAGUCCGUAAAAGACUCCAGACGCAGUGGCAAAACUGUAAGAACUGAGUCACUCCUGUAAAGGUGACGUCGGAGAUGCAUAAGGGUGUGUUUGCAGUCUAACGCACGCAAAUAAACUUGAACAAAUGUCUGUUUAGUUAAUAGAAACAGCUAGAUCUACUGCACACAUCUAUUGUUCACAUCUUAAUAGUUAUCAUUUAGGAUACAGAACACUGGUUGGUUUUAAACUGAUAGACCGAACUUUGGACCAGAGCAGAGGUCGACUCCAGCACCAAAGUUCACACUCACAGCAGACGCACAUCUCUCUGUAUACGUCAGGUGUAAAGUGACAAUUUGCUACUGUUUUACAGUGUUUUUUUUUUUUAUUUUUUAUCAUGAACCUUAAAUUAUCCUUAGAAUGAUUUUAAUAUUUAACGUGCCGAUUUAAGCACGCAGGUAUCUGCUGUAAAUGCUUUUUUUAUGUAUUAAUAAAUAACGUUUUAAACCUUCUUCUAGUCAUCUUUAAAAAGUAAUUUCACCUUGAAUAAACACACAGAACACAUGGAUAUAUUUUAAAAAAACAUUUAUUUAAGAAACUGUUUGUAUCCUCUGUUUCUUCCUAUUUUACAGCCAGUGAAUAAAAGGCGAAUUCUGCAGAGGUUUGGUAUUUACACACCAAAUGCUCGACAACUGCAGUUGCUCCAUAACUUACAACCUGAGGUGCCUUGAGCAUGAAAAAUGCUGAUUGGUCUAAGUUAAGGCAGAUCCUUAAAAAAACUUUAAAAAAAAAAAGAAAUUAAAAAAUUGGGAAAAUAAACAUUUUAGUAAAAAAAAAAAAAAAAGCCUGUAUUUGCAUUG